AUGCAUCGCUUUUUUGCAGAGCUGGAGCCAUCUCUAUCCGUCACUGAGCGAAACCUGGCAGACCGAGUUAGGUACAUCCUGCGCUCCAACAUAUUUGGUGACGCCGAACUCGAGCGACUACGACGUGAGGCUAUUCCUUCAUCGAAUGGAAAUGCUACGGCUGGGAAUGCGGCGCCACUAGAUGCGCAACAAACUGCAUAUGUGGAUGCUGCCGUCAACAUUCCAUUAGUGACUAAUUCUAACGAUGAUGGAAUAGUCUUCCACGAACUAGAGAAAAUGAGGAGCAUAUUGGAAGAGUCGAUGCUGGAAACGCGCAGCAUGCCUCUCGAAAAUCGACCGCGACUUCCCCGCAUACCCCUUAGCAAGCGAAAUCGGGCUGUCGUGCGGGCUCUUAACCCAAUGCUGGUGACCUAUUUGAAAGCCAGCCGGGACCUUUGCGAGACGGACUCAAUUCUUUUUGGCGCCGCACUGGCAGUAUGCCGUAUUAUUGGCGCCAAACUUCCCGUGGCUGGACGUGCUACUCAAAAAAGUAGCGCCAUCCCAGCCUGGAGAAAAAGAAUUGAGGACCGUAUCGCAAAGGCAAGGGCCCUUAUCGGCAGACUGACAAGCUUCAGGUCGGGUAAUAAUAGACCGAGGAUUAUGCGCACCGUUAGGAUGGCGUUUGCUGGGACAAAUAUCAGUUUGUUCUCAACUCAGCCGGAUAUCACGCAAAAACUAACGGAGCGCAUAGAUGACCUGAAGCAAAAAAUCGCUGCUUUGGGGGAAGCGGAUUCGACGAUUUACCGAGAGUUCAAGGCGGUUCAACCAGAAUCGUCUCUUCUAGAGUGA